AUGAAGGGAAGUUCAAUGGAAGUUGGAGAAGUCUCCAAGAAGGGUGCAUCCCCAACAAGAGGGUUAUCUAUAAUGGACUUUGUUUUGAGAAUUCUUGCAGCUGUUGCAACACUAGGUGCUGCAUUGGCCAUGGCAACUACUAAUGAGACCCUUCCAUUUGCCACACAAUUCAUAAAAUUCAGGGCUGAAUUUGAUGACCUUCCCUCACUUUUGUUUUUUGUGACGGGGAACUCUGUUGUUAGUGGCUAUCUGGUGCUUUCACUUGUUCUAUCUGUCUUUCACAUAGUAAGGAGCACUGCAGCGAAAAGUAGAAUUCUCCUUGUUGCUUUUGACACGGUAAUGCUGGGUCUGGUUACAGCCUCAGCCUCUGCGGCAACAUCCAUAGUGUACAUAGCACACCAUGGAAAUGCAGGUGCCAAUUGGUUUGCGAUCUGCCAACAAUACAACAACUUUUGUGAACGCAUUUCGGGUUCCCUCAUUGGCUCUUACAUUGCUGUUGCUAUCUUCACAAUACUGAUCAUUCUAUCAGUUGUUGCAAUCUCUCGAAACUGA